AUGUAUUUUUAAUAUUCUCUUUAAUAAACCUAGACUUACAACCUUACUAAAACAGAAUAAACAAAAUUGCAUAAUUAAUAAUUUCAAUUGCAAUUGUAUAAAUUAUUUGAUCAUGUAAUCUAUUUAUAUAUAUUGAGGCUCCUGAAAAAUAAUUACAUUUAUCUUUAUUGCUACUAUUACAAGAAUAUUUUACGGCUUAUUAGUAUUAAUUAGGUAAACAUGAAAAAUAAUCUAUUAUUUCUAAUGCGAAAUCGAAAAUAAUGAAAUAGGUAGUUUUGAAUGAAUUAAGGAAUCAAAUGCUGACUAAUAAUUCAAUUUAGUUAAAUAAUAUCCUGAUUGAUAGCUUAAUCUCGGUUGAAACUUAAAGCAUUCAAUGUUCAGAAAAAUUAAUUCAUUGCUGUCAAAAGAAAGUAGACUUCCAUCAGAUAUGCUUAAGCAAUUAAAGAAAAAGCGAUAUACAAAAAUAAGCAGAUGAAAUAGUGGAACUAUUCGAAGAAACCAUCUAAUAAAUUGAAACUAGCUACAAAUAAUAUCCUCUAGUCAGAUACUAAAGAUGCUUAUCUUUUGGCUACGCUGAAUUAUGCAACGAUAUCUUGCUUGCUAUACGAAUUCUGAAUUAAUCUUCAUUUCCUGAUGAAUUUAUUUAUACAAAAAUCCUGACCAUAAACCAAGAUUUUUUAUCCUAUAAAUCAAUCUAUUUGAUUAGUAACUUAGAGAACUAGAAUGUUUUAAAAGUGUCUUCAAAUUUUUAUGAGAAAAUUGGUGACAAUAUUUAAAAUAUUAUGGAAAUGGUCCCUAAGGGUAUUUAGGAGCAUCACUAAGUUAUGGUUCGAGAAUUUAUCAGAACAGGAAAAUCUAAUUUUUUCCAAAAAGCGACUUAAACCAUAUAUUAAGAUAACUUAAUGAUAAAACCUAUGAUUUUGAUGAAUGAUGUGAUUAUCUAGGAUAACACUUUCCAUGCAAUAUCAAUAGGAACUCUUUUGGAUGAUGAAUAAAUAAUACUAAUUACUAAUAAUAAAUCUAAGGUAAGUAGCUUUAGUUAAGGGUUCUUGGAUUAAAUUAAUUUAGAAUCUAAAGAUGCGAAUUAAAUUCUUGGAGUUGAUAUUGAAUUACUUAUUCCAUAAUUUAGGACUAUUUCUCAAAUAUCAUAACCAUAAUACAUUGAAGUGAAAUUACCAAAUUUCUCCUUACUUUAAUCUCAUUAAGUCUUAAAUGGAAGAGAAAAUAACAAAAAACCUCAUCCCUGUAUCCUUGCCGAUUUCUGGUCUGAUAAUUCAAGAUUGAACACAUUUAUAUCCUUGUGUUUAAUUGAAAAAUCCACAUACAAUUAUCAUAAGAUAAGAUUCAGCUAUAUAAAAUGUAUAAACAAAACCAUAAUAUUUCCCAAUUCAAUGAAAACGUUAUAAAAAUUAUCCGUUAAUUGUUUUGAUGAAGUAGAAGAAUAAGUAAACAUAGCAGUUCCAUAUGAUCCAAUAGAUUAGGAAUGUAAUUUUGCCUAGAAAUAGGACAUGUUGAACACCGUCAGGUAUGAUUAGACCUAGACUUUAAUAAAAUAUGAUGAUACAAGAACAGAUGGAAUGAAAAGGAUAGGACAAUCAACAUAGAAAUAUGAGGAAAACUCUAUAGAAAGAUUUAUUAAUUAAAAUGCUAAAAGCUCAACAUUUGACAAAGACAUAAAAUAAAAUUAUGAAAUGAAAUUAUAUCAGAAAUAUUCAUUGUUUGAAAAAAUACGACACAAAAAUAACUUAGUUAAAACAGAGAAAAUGCUAAUAGUGGUGUUAGCAUUACAUCAACUGUUAUUUUUUCUCCAGAUCUUAUUGACUUUCAUUGAUUGUAUAAAUUUACUAAGCUUGAACUUAAAUGACUUAGAAUUAUUAAAGAUUAAAUACGAUUUAUUCCAACCAGUUGAGACGUUUAUUGUUACCAGAUAUACAAUAAUUAAUUAUAAUAAUCAAUUUGCAGCAAAAUAAAUCACCAAACCUUAAUUAGACUUUUAUUUGAAAUUUCCAAAUUCUAAUUUAAACUUAGGUUUUGAUGAUGUCUAUUAAAAUUAAGAAGCAAUUCUUAAUAGAUUAGAGUUAUAAUCAUUUUUAUCUGAAGUUUAUGAAAUUUACAUUUAUGUUAAGACAGAUAAUGGUGAGCUGUAUAAUAUAACAAUGAGAUAAGCCCUCAGUAUAUUAAUAAACUAUCAAUAUACAUUUAAAGCUGCAUAUGUUUAUGAUGGAAAAACAGUGACAGACUCUCCUUACAUCUUUUACUCAUAUCGCAACUUAUUAACUUUAUACAAUUCAUUCGAUUAGUUGAAUAAGAACUUAUACUCAUAAGCAAUUCUAAAAAUAUCUGAUGAUUUGGAAAAAGAAUUAUUCUUAUUUUAUCCUUUUCUUAUUUAAUUCAUUGUUAUUUUUGGAGUAGAACUAUUUUAUGAUUUCAAAAAUAAUAAGAUUUUAGGCAAGUUUGUUUAUCUGAUUUUAUAUUGUCAUUCAGUGCUUAUUUUACAAGAAAUAAGAAGAUUGACAUGCUAUAUCGAUUAUUAUAUUAAUAAUCCAGAGAAACUAUUUAAAUAUAAGUUUAUUAUUGAAGAAAAAGAAUAGGAAUUGUAAAGUACUAAAGAACUCAAUUCAAGUGGAGCUCAAUAAAAAAAAUUAUAAAAUAUAGGGAAAUCCCACUUUAAGAAGUGCCAUAUAAUAACAUUAUUCCUUUAAUUAAUAUUAAUAAUAACAUAUGGCAUUAUCAAACUAAAUCUCACAUCUUCUUAUCUUAAUAAAUACGAAAAAACAUGCUAAUUUACCAUUGAAAUAUCUCAUCUUGGGACUAAUAUUCCCACAAUUUAUGCUAUGAGAGAAGUUUUAUACUAUAGGUGGAGAUAUCCUUUUUAUAAAGAAAAAGAAUUAUCUGAAAUUUUGUAAUAAAUCCAAGAUUGCCUCGAAUAAGUACAUAACGUAACAAAUGAUAUAUCAUAAUUAAGAAUGUAUAUAAUGAAUUUAAUAUAGAAAUGAUUAUUUGCUAAGUGACUCAUUCGGUUAAUACAUACAGGAACUUUAUUAAACAAACUUAUGUGAUUUACUUCCAGAAGACUUGAAGGAGAGAAGCCAAUAAUUAUGCUAAAGUACCUUGGGAGGGAGUUUACGUAAAGGAUUAUAUGGUGCUUUGGUUUACAUUUAUACUAGUAUAUAAAAUGAGAUGCAAAUUAAUUACUUUUUAAAUAAAACUGAGAAUACUGUAAAUGAAUUAGAAGGAGUUUUCAUGGUUAGUUAAAUUAUUAAGUAAAUCAACUCAAAGAUGUGGCUAGACAUUGUCGAUUCAACGGAGUAUAUUUAANUAUUGUUACCAGAUAUACAAUAAUUAAUUAUAAUAAUCAAUUUGCAGCAAAAUAAAUCACCAAACCUUAAUUAGACUUUUAUUUGAAAUUUCCAAAUUCUAAUUUAAACUUAGGUUUUGAUGAUGUCUAUUAAAAUUAAGAAGCAAUUCUUAAUAGAUUAGAGUUAUAAUCAUUUUUAUCUGAAGUUUAUGAAAUUUACAUUUAUGUUAAGACAGAUAAUGGUGAGCUGUAUAAUAUAACAAUGAGAUAAGCCCUCAGUAUAUUAAUAAACUAUCAAUAUACAUUUAAAGCUGCAUAUGUUUAUGAUGGAAAAACAGUGACAGACUCUCCUUACAUCUUUUACUCAUAUCGCAACUUAUUAACUUUAUACAAUUCAUUCGAUUAGUUGAAUAAGAACUUAUACUCAUAAGCAAUUCUAAAAAUAUCUGAUGAUUUGGAAAAAGAAUUAUUCUUAUUUUAUCCUUUUCUUAUUUAAUUCAUUGUUAUUUUUGGAGUAGAACUAUUUUAUGAUUUCAAAAAUAAUAAGAUUUUAGGCAAGUUUGUUUAUCUGAUUUUAUAUUGUCAUUCAGUGCUUAUUUUACAAGAAAUAAGAAGAUUGACAUGCUAUAUCGAUUAUUAUAUUAAUAAUCCAGAGAAACUAUUUAAAUAUAAGUUUAUUAUUGAAGAAAAAGAAUAGGAAUUGUAAAGUACUAAAGAACUCAAUUCAAGUGGAGCUCAAUAAAAAAAAUUAUAAAAUAUAGGGAAAUCCCACUUUAAGAAGUGCCAUAUAAUAACAUUAUUCCUUUAAUUAAUAUUAAUAAUAACAUAUGGCAUUAUCAAACUAAAUCUCACAUCUUCUUAUCUUAAUAAAUACGAAAAAACAUGCUAAUUUACCAUUGAAAUAUCUCAUCUUGGGACUAAUAUUCCCACAAUUUAUGCUAUGAGAGAAGUUUUAUACUAUAGGUGGAGAUAUCCUUUUUAUAAAGAAAAAGAAUUAUCUGAAAUUUUGUAAUAAAUCCAAGAUUGCCUCGAAUAAGUACAUAACGUAACAAAUGAUAUAUCAUAAUUAAGAAUGUAUAUAAUGAAUUUAAUAUAGAAAUGAUUAUUUGCUAAGUGACUCAUUCGGUUAAUACAUACAGGAACUUUAUUAAACAAACUUAUGUGAUUUACUUCCAGAAGACUUGAAGGAGAGAAGCCAAUAAUUAUGCUAAAGUACCUUGGGAGGGAGUUUACGUAAAGGAUUAUAUGGUGCUUUGGUUUACAUUUAUACUAGUAUAUAAAAUGAGAUGCAAAUUAAUUACUUUUUAAAUAAAACUGAGAAUACUGUAAAUGAAUUAGAAGGAGUUUUCAUGGUUAGUUAAAUUAUUAAGUAAAUCAACUCAAAGAUGUGGCUAGACAUUGUCGAUUCAACGGAGUAUAUUUAACAAAUUGUAUCUGUAAGAAAAUGAUUUAUCUUAGAUAGUAUCUUUCAUUUAUAUUUUCUUUGUGAUAAUAAAUCUCAUUGCUAUUUUUAUUUUAAUAAAUAACAAAUUACAGAGGCAAUAUUAUUUGUCGAAAAGAUAUUUAUAUUUGGUGCCAUAGGCAAUCUUAUUUGGGAAUGAUUAAUUUGAAAGACUAGCUAAAGGAUUGCUCUAAAUGAAUUGA